UGUUUUGGAUGUGUCGUGCUUUAAAUGGAAUUAUAAACAAAUGCUGCAAAAACAUUACAAAUUAUUACUAAAAUGUGCCCUAGCCAUUCCUAUAAUCUUUCUCCUGGACUUUUGUGGCAUACUGACCCACCUGAACGAGCUGGACUUUGAGCGGCAUUUUCAUUAUCCACUAAACACAUCCAUCACCAAAAAUUCAUUGAGUGUUGUACCUCCGCCGGUUUAUAGCUACAAAUUUCUUAAAAUGCCCGCAUUUAUGCAGGAAGAGGAGCCAACCCGACUGACUAUAUUGGUAAAGAGUGCCAUUGGUCAUGUGAAGCAACGCGCGGCCAUUCGCAAGACGUGGGGUUACGAGUCCCGCUUCUCGGAUGUUCAAAUACGUCGAGUAUUCCUCUUGGGCAUGCCCGAGAGCGACGAAUCUAAAACGGAGAACGACAUAGCCAAAGAAGCAAAGCAGUAUGGUGACAUUGUUCAUUGUGAUUUUGUGGACACAUAUUUCAACAAUACAAUCAAGACUACGAUGGGAAUACGCUGGGCACGAGAGAAUUAUGAUCGCAGUGAUUUCUAUUUGUUUGUGGACGAUGAUUACUAUGUGUCCAUUAAGAACGUGCUGCGCUUCUUGGGAAAGGAGCAUGAAACGCAUCACCAGCCGCUACUCUUUGCUGGAUACGUGUUUCAAACUGCUCCAUUGCGGCAUAAGUUUAGUAAAUGGUACGUUUCCCUCGCGGAGUAUCCAUUUGACAAAUGGCCACCAUAUGUGACGGCUGGUGCAUUCAUUUUCUCACGCGAUGCCCUUAUCAAAAUGUACGAGACGAGUCGGCAGAUGCCAUUGUUUCGCUUCGAUGACAUUUACCUUGGUAUUUUGGCCCUGAAAGCGCAAAUUUCCGUUCAUCAUUGUGAUGGCUUUCAUUUCCAUCGUCCGGCAUAUUACGGUCCGGAUAGUUAUAGUACGGUUAUAGCUUCUCAUGGCUUUAGUGAUCCACAGGAAAUGGAGCACAUAUGGAAUGAGUGCCGAUCGGCCAACUACGCGUAGCACAUACGAUUCCAUAGGCCACAUCCAACGACGAGGCUCCAUAUAAUGACAAUAGCUGUGUGCGAUACUCUAGUAUGUACAUGUACAUAUAUAUGACUGCAAUAAGUGAAACAUAGCCUUAUUAGUUGUACUUUAUGUAUAUACAUAAAUAAAUAUAUAUUUAUAUAGAGUAACAUUAAAAUUAA